UGCGAGUCGGCGCCGACCGUGACGUGUACAUCGACUUUUACUGUAAUUAAAGAGCGGUGCGACGCGUGCCGGCAUAUGGCCGAGAUUCUGCACUUAAUGGCCGAGGGUACAACAUGAAGGUGGAAGUGGAAGACCGGGAAGCGGUUCCCGCCAGCAGUUCUCCUACUGACUGCGUCGUAACAGUCACAGAGGUGAUCUCGUCCCCUGAGCGGACGCUGCUAGCCAAGCUGGAGGAAGAAAACAGAAGGAUCGAGGCGGACUCCAAGAGCCCCUCGGUAAUAAAAUUGCACAGCCGCAAAAGUUCGGACACAUCACAGAUAUCAUUGGCUUCAGCGUCAAGCUCGAGCCAUGAAGAAGCCAGAAUCGGUAGUAAUGGCGAGGAAGACUUAUGGAGUCUUUGGGGAAGACUCGUCAGCAAUUGGGAGUCGGAGUGGCGACGUCGCAACCAGUUCGUACGCGACCUGGUCCGCCAAGGCGUGCCGCAUCACUUUAGGGGCAUCGUAUGGCAGCUACUGGCGGGAGUUGACUCCUCGCCGGAUAAGAAGUUAUAUGCCUCUUAUAUCAAGGCCAAAUCAGCGUGCGAGAAGGUGAUCCGACGUGACAUUGCGCGGACAUACCCGGAACAUGAUUUUUUCAAAGAGAAAGAUGGUCUUGGCCAGGAAUCUCUUUUCAAUGUGAUGAAGGCUUACUCGCUUCACGAUAGAGAAGUUGGAUAUUGCCAGGGUUCGGGGUUCAUUGUUGGGCUAUUGCUCAUGCAGAUGCCGGAGGAGGAAGCUUUCGCAGUAUUAUUGAAAAUCAUGCAACAUCACAGGAUGCGAGACAUGUUCAAGCCGAGCAUGGCAGAGCUGGGUCUAUGCAUGUUCCAACUAGAAAACCUCGUGCAGGAGCUCAUACCUGAUCUACACGUGCAUUUCCAAUCGCAGAGCUUCAGUACAUCGAUAUACGCCAGCAGCUGGUUUCUAACGCUGUUCACGACAACACUGUCGCUACCUCUUGCGUGUCGCAUCAUGGACGUAUUCCUGUCGGAAGGUAUCGAGAUUGUGUUCAAAGUCGCCCUCGCUUUGCUCACCUUGGGCAAGGAAGAUAUCUUGUCGCUGGAUAUGGAAAGCAUUCUAAAGUUCAUGCAAAAGGAAUUACCAUCGAAAGCCGAAGCCGAUCAGGACGCGUUUAUGAAUCUCGCCUAUUCCAUCAAAGUUAAUCCCAAGAAAAUGAAGAAGUUAGAAAAAGAAUACACUGUUAUCAAGACUAAAGAGCAGGGUGACAUCGCUGUUCUCAGAUGUCUGCGUCAGGAGAACCGUUUACUCAAACAGAGGGUGGAACUCCUGGAAAAGGAGAGUUCAGCUUUAGCGGAGAGGCUGGUCCAAGGGCAAGUGGACAGAGCAGAGGGGGCAGAAGAGACCUUUGCUUUGGCACGCGAAGUGCAAGCGCUACGGCGGGCCAAUAUGGACGCUCAACAGCGGCUGGCGGUUGCCCAAGAUGAGAUUCGGAGUUUAGAAAUGACUAUAGCUGAGAAUAAUUCGAGGCAAUCGUCACUGGAAGGCACUGAGGGUAACAUUGCAAAGGGCGAGGAACUAGCCCGUUGCCUCCAACGCGAACUUGUGCGAGCGAGGCUCGACGCUGCAGAGCGGCAAGCCACCGAAAGGGAACUCAAUGCAAGGAUCGCGGAAUUAGAAAACGAGAAUAAGACACUGAGGAAACAGCGUGUGGACAACAACGUCGCCCACUUGCAGGAUGAAUUGAUCGCUGUAAAAUUGCGCGAAGCUGAAGCGAAUCUUUCCUUGAAGGAUUUGCGGCAACGCGUCUCGGAACUAUCAGAGGCGUGGCAAAAACAUUUGCAAGAACACAGGCAAGAAGUUCCACCGCCACCAGCCCAGUCUAACGUGGUCUCCGACAUAAUGGCAACUCCCAAGAAACUUUUGAGGGCGUGGGAGGGCAGGUCUGCUGACUUGCAAAAGCUUGACGAGGAGUUGAUGACCAUAAGGAUAAGGGAAGUUGAGGCGCUCACGGAAUUGAAGGAGCUCAGACUUAAAGAAAUGGAGCUUCGCACCCAAGUGCAAGUAUCAACGAAUCAGCUGAGGAGACAGGAUGAGGAGUUACGGCAAUUGCGAGAGGCGCUCGACGCCGCAUUACAACGAGAGCGCACCUUGCAGACCCGACAGAGGGAGUUCCAGCACAAGUACUCGGAUCUAGAAAGCAAGGCUAAAUAUGAAUCGAUGCAAGCCAACAUUCGGAACAUGGAGGACGCGCAGAGAAUAGCCGAAUUAGAAAAUGAAGUCUCAGAAUACAAAUUAAAACACGAAGUGAUGGCAACGGAGGGCGAGCUUCGUAGCAACAAUAUGGACGAUUCGGACAGAGUUCGGGAAUUGCAGGAACAAGUCACUGAACUUAAGGCUGAGGUUCUGAGGUUAGAGUCGUGGAAAGCCCGAGCUCUGGGGCAUUCGCUCACGCGCACCGUCUCAGUUGAAGAGGACCUCGAAGAAGAUGACAAACUGAAUCUUACCCUCCGAAGAGAAUCAGCAGCGUCCUUAGAUCUCAGCACCAAGAAUUCGUAGCACGUACUUAAUAUUUAUCGUGAGAACAUUCUCAUAAUCGAAUAUUCUAAUCGCAGAUACAGCACCCGCUAAACACAAGGCAUAUCGAUUGGUGAAAUUGUGAUUCCUUGCUAUAUUUUUAUUAUUAAUUACGUUUUCUAUAAGCGUCACUUAAACGCAUCAAAAUGUUUUCUCAGGAAAACUUACUGCAAAUGUCGCCCCAUAUUAUAAAAAUAAUAUAUUAUUGGUAUUUUAAAGUCGGUUAAUAAUGCAGUAAAGAACUGACCGUCAGUGAUGACGUCAUUCGGAUUUUCGAUAUUGAGAAAUGUCCCGCUUUAGAUUGCAUCGAUUAUACGAUACAUAAUAGGCAUAAUCGAUGCAAUAUUUGUCAAAGUCAAAGAAAACAAUGUGCAUACCCUGCAUUUUCUAAACUGUUCAUUGUUUUGACUGUGUAUUCCGCUUAGCAUCUGGAUCUGGUGAUACCAGUAAAUCAUAUUACAGUUUUGUAAAAUUUCAAUAGUAAAAGUAGGUAAUGGCGUAGUUUUAAUAGUUUAUUUCUCAUUACAUUUUUAUUCGGCAUCGCAAGUUUUUUGAUACUACUAUGUUUUUUACAUGAAGAAAAAACACAGGAGCAUGUUGGCGAGGUAGGGGUUGUUGCGGGGUAAAAGUACCCAUUUGAUACUGUUGUGACAAAUUUUAUACUUAAAAUCCCAAAACAAGCUCCGGUGUAAAUAACGUUUAAAUAUAGUUGAGGCUGUAAAUUACAGGUUUGUUAUAACAUUAUAUUAUACUAUUUAUAAUUAGCUUUUCCAUCUUUAUUGUUAAAAGAAUGUUGCUUAAUAUAACUGUUGUAUUGCGCUAAGUUGGUAUAAUGAUUGGACCUUUAUAAUUUUUUGUUUUUGUAUACUUAUAAAAUCAGACCCAUUUUCAACAUUGCAGUCUUUUGUACAAUUGUAGCACAAUUUUUAAAUUAAUUUAGCAAUUUUCUCUUAAUUUGGAUUUCCUUUUACUUUUUAUAUUCUGUUUAAUCUAUUUCAUUUAACGACACAACUGGUAACGCGUUGACAAGGUAUUUGGCAUUGUCAAUGAAUGUAUUCAACUAUCAUAGUUAACGACUUCCAAUAGAAACAGCUUUUUCCGCACUGGAAUUUCGUAUUACGGAAUCUCGUACGGAAUACUACUGUUCUUGUGCAAAGGUUUGUUUCUUGGUCGUAAUUCGAAAUGUGAUAUUCUAAAACAGAAUUCCAACUGUAUGUGGCCGGCCUUACACUUUUUUUGUGCAUUUAAAAAAUUCGUAUACAGCAGAAUAUACACCGACAGUUAAAACCUAUAGAAACCUCGAAAAACAGCUAAAGUAUUAAAAUCCUGACAUUAUAUUUCUUAGGCGUAGUUUAUUAGGCAGUUUCAUCGAAAACAAUUAAAAAUGAGGAAAACUUCAAUUUCUAAACACUGACAUUGUUUUCACGAUAUUAUUGUAUUACAAAAAUUUUAUUUUUCUCGCAUUAUGAACUGUAAAAGAAUUCAAACAUUAAAAUCAUGCAAGCAGCUAUGAGAAAAUACACUUAUGCCUGUUUAAACUAAACCUAGGCAUUGCCUAAAUCGAAACCCUUAAGAUUUGGGCGACGUCUAAAGAAAAAAAACGUUUCACCAACUCUUAGGUGAUAGCUAUUGGUGAACGGUUUAUGUAUGCCUAGGAAUCUCCUUCAAAUGGGCGUUAGUUAUUCAGGCAUUACCUUGCUCGUCCGGCUUGUGAGCGGGCAUUAUAUCUUUUCUCUAGAGUUCUUUAUUACCGCCUCAAGACAUACCAUGCCCCUUUUCCCCCAUAAAUAAAAAAGUAAAAAGUUGUAAGCGAUAGCGAAUCCUUCGCCACAGAAUUUUUAUGUAAAGUUAGUCAGCUAGAAUAACAUAGUGAUUCCUAUGUUGUAAGUAUUUGUAUUAAUAUUUUAUAAGUUCCAAAUAAGAUACACCUUAGCCCUUCUCUUACGGCUAUUCAAGGAGACGGUCCAUAACUUUGGAUUGUUUCUUCCAUAUACAGUGGCGUGCAUAGAGGGUAUGCAGAUGAUAUAAAAUGAAGAACA